AUGAUCUCGUUUUAUACAUAUUGUGCUUUAGUGCUCCCAUUAAUACCCAAUUUAGCUUUAGGGUUGGAUAUUUCAAGAAAUGUUACACUUGCUGGUUCAAGUUCGUACCAAGAUGGCGUUAGCGUGGCUAAAGGUAGUACAUUUUCCCUUGUAGAUGGUUCUUCCGCUGAUAUCAGUGGUGAUUUAAGUAUUGAAGGGACCAUUUGUCUUGGUUCUUACCAGGAUACUUCUAGCAAUAUGGACGUUUCCGUUUCCGCGGGAUCUGUUUCUAACUCAGGAUCUAUAGUUAUUAAUCCAAAGGGUUCUGCUAAGUUAGAUUUCGGUAGUUUCCAAAAUCUUGGAUACAUUGCAAUAACUUCUGGAACACAAGAUACAGAAACUUUCUCAGCUCAGCAGAACUUUAAUAAUCAAGGUCAAAUGUAUUUUGGUACAAGUGGUCCUUUAGAGAUUGAAGGUCCAAGUUCUGGUAUUGAAAACAGUGGUACACUAGCGUUCGUUGGCAAUACUAUUACAUUUAAAACUGGUAUUACUGGGGAUGGUUGUAUGUCUUUACAACAAUCAACUACCCUUAAUGUAGAUAUGGAUAGUAGUUUGGAACCUACAAUCUGGUUCGGAGAUGACAACUCAAAUACAUUAAUUCUAAACGGUAAACAACAAAAUACCCCAACAAUCAAAGGGUUUGGUGGUUCUAACACUAUUGUCCUCAACAUAACUACUGCAUCAAACAGCACAUCAACUCCGGCAUUAAGUUACGAUGGUAAUACAGGUAUUUUGACUGUAAGUGGUGCUUCCACAGUUAAAUUGGAUAUUGGUACUGGUUACGAUUCAUCUUCCUUCACAGUGAGUGGCAGCAGCGGUAUAAAUGGUGUUCCCGAUGGGACUGCAGUCGUUGGUUAUAAUUCCAAUGCACCAGAUUCAAAUCAACCAUCUUCCUGUCAAACCGUCUCAGAGACUCCAAUGAGCUCUUGUGUUGUUGACUUUACUAUCCCAGAUCCUAUCACAACUUCUGUUGUCUCUGGCGAUGCAACAGUUUCUGAGGUUAUUUCAUACUAUUCUACUACCGAAUCGGACGGAUUUGCAGCAACUGCAACAACAAUUUCUAUUAUUGAAGUAUCGUCAAGUUCGUCAAUUGCAUCCUCCAGUUCCAUUCUUAAGUCUUCGUCUAGUUCUGUUGCUUCAUCUUCUAGUUCAAUCAUAAUCGAACCUUCCUCAAGUUCCAUUGAAAAAUCGUCCAGUUCAGUUUCCAAGUCAUCCUCUAUAAUACUUUCUUCUUCAUUUAGUUCAUCAAGCAAGUCAUCAAGUGUUGCUGCUCAAUUAUCUUCAAACACAAUCCCUUCUUCUUCUAGCUCGGUUGUCGAACAAACUUCAAGUUCUGCUGUUCCACAAGCUUCAAAUUCUGCUGUUCCACAAGCUUCAAGUGCUGACGUUCCACAAGCUUCAAGUUCUGUCGUCCAACAAGCUUCAAGUUCUGACAUUCAACCAGCUGUGAGUUCUAUCGCUGAAUCUAGCGGCAUUUUUGAAGCAUCUUCUUCCGAUGUCGUUUCUGAACAAUCUUCAUCAAAUGGCGAAGCUGUUCAAAUAGAAUCUUCAUCCACUUCAUCCACUCCUGCAUCAACCCCUCUGACCUCGUUAAACAAUGAACUUGCAGAAUCAAGUUCCGUUAACGAAUCGCCUGUUGGUAUUCCUCAAAGUUCAUCCAAGGAGCAAUAUGUUUCAAGCGAAGAUGAAACUCCUGUUCCUGUUAGUUCAGAAGCUCAACCUGUCUCAACUUCAACUGUUGAAGCUCAAAGUAGUCAAGAGCUGCCAAAUAUUGAAAACGUAUCCUCCGUUAUCGAAUCUAUAAACCAAACACUUGAAAACCAAGCUGCAACUAUGGCCGAAUUGGAUGCUUAUGAAGGAAACUUAGCUCUCUCAGACCCAUGUGUCUCUUUUACCACAGAAUAUAUAAGAGGUACUACUUAUACAACAGAAUAUUCUCUUAUUACUGGCUCCUACACAGAAACUGUGACACUAUCGACAUCCUUAAAGACCUAUAUCAUCAAAGCUAGUUCCACAGCUUAA